GGAGGAGCUCUGGAACCUCCUUUUUUUCCUGUAGCCCCGGAGCUGUCUAGCUGGGACUACAGGCACCAGCAGCAAGUGUCUGAAAAGAAAUAUUAAGUUGCUGGGCACAUAGUAACAUUUUUUUAUUGUUGAGACAGGGAGUUCCUCCUGCCACAUCUACCCCCAGAUCUCUGAACUGUAAGGAGUUUAGACCGCUCCUACUACCAAUAGGAAUAGCACUGCUUGGCCCGGCUUUUGCUACGCUGGCUGCUGGGAUCUGCAGAAGUGACGUCACCGGCCGUCCAUUCAAGCCAGCCUGAAGGAGCUCCAAGAUUCGCCGGGCCGGGCCGACAUGGCUGCCGUAUGAGAUAGGAAGUACUUUUGAAGUGAAGAGAAAGUGUUGCGGCUUGGGUAUAGAAGGGAUUGUUAACAAAACAUUUGCAGCACUGCAACUCAAGUGAUAGAUUUUAGAUACGCAUUACUAUAUUAUUCAUCAGUGUCUUUGGAUAUCUUUUAAAAGUAAAUAAAAUGGCGGAUCCGGCAGAGUGCAACAUAAAAGUGGUGUGCCGUUUCAGGCCUUUGAAUGAUUCCGAAGUAACAAGAGGUGAUAAGUUUAUUUCGAAGUUUCAAGGGGAGGACAGUGUGGUGAUUGGGAACAAACCUUACAUGUAUGACCGUGUGUUUCACUCAAACACAACACAGGAGCAAGUAUACAAUGCUUGUGCAAAGAAGAUAGUCAAAGAUGUGCUAGAAGGUUACAAUGGUACAAUAUUUGCAUAUGGACAGACUUCUUCUGGUAAAACCCAUACAAUGGAGGGAAAACUCCAUGAUCCAGAUGGAAUGGGCAUUAUUCCAAGAAUAGUACAAGAUAUUUUUAAUUACAUAUAUUCUAUGGACGAAAACUUAGAGUUUCACAUUAAGGUUUCGUAUUUUGAAAUAUAUUUGGACAAAAUCAGGGAUCUUCUAGAUGUUUCAAAGACUAAUUUAUCUGUUCAUGAAGAUAAAAACAGAGUUCCUUAUGUCAAGGGAUGCACUGAGCGUUUCGUCUGUAGCCCAGACGAGGUUAUGGAUACCAUUGAUGAAGGAAAGUCUAACAGACAUGUAGCUGUGACAAAUAUGAAUGAACACAGCUCUCGGAGUCACAGUAUCUUUCUCAUUAAUGUGAAGCAGGAAAAUACUCAGACAGAACAGAAACUCAGUGGGAAACUUUUCCUUGUAGACUUAGCAGGAAGUGAAAAGGUGAGCAAAACUGGAGCAGAAGGAGCUGUGCUGGAUGAAGCAAAGAACAUCAACAAGUCUUUGUCUGCACUUGGGAAUGUCAUUUCAGCACUUGCAGAAGGCAAUACUUAUGUUCCAUAUCGUGACAGUAAAAUGACUAGAAUUCUUCAAGAUUCCCUUGGUGGUAACUGCCGAACUACCAUUAUUAUAUGUUGCUCUCCGUCAUCUUAUAAUGAAGCUGAAACAAAGUCUACACUGCUGUUUGGUCAAAGAGCCAAGACCAUUAAGAAUACAGUGUGUGUGAAUAUUGAACUCACAGCGGAAGAGUGGAAGAAAAAAUAUGAAAGAGAAAAAGAACGGAGCAAGACAUUCCGAAAUACAAUACAAUGGCUGGAAAAUGAGCUCAACAGGUGGCGCAAUGGUGAAUCUGUGCCUGUGGAAGAGCGGUUUGACAAAGAUAAAGCUAAUCUUGAUGCUCUGAUAAUAGACACUACUACUAAUAACGAGAAACCAGCAACUACAGUUGGAGUUAAAUUGUCUGAUGCUGAAAAAGAGAAAUGUGAAGAAGAAAUUGCCAAAUUAUACAAACAGCUUGAUGACAAGGAUGAAGAAAUCAAUCAACAAAGUCAGUUGGUAGAAAAACUAAAACAACAAAUGUUGGACCAGGAGGAGCUUUUGGUAUCUACUAGGCGAGACCAGGAUAACUUGCAGGCUGAGUUAUCCCGUUUACAGAUGGAGAAUGAUGCCUCUAAGGAGGAGGUUAAAGAAGUCCUGCAGGCCCUGGAGGAACUUGCUGUCAAUUAUGAUCAGAAAUCGCAAGAGGUAGAAGACAAGACAAGAGACUUUGAGUCGCUCAGUGAAGAACUAAACCAAAAAUCUAGUGUUUUGGAAGAAGUGGCUUCAGAGAUAAGAAAGCUGUAUGAUAUACCCAAACAUCUUAGGCCUAAAAUUAACCACAUGGUUUCUUCACUUCUACGGAGCUUGGUGGAGUAUGGUCUUGAACUUGGCGCCUUAGACAUGCAACCUGAAGGAACUGGCCUUAUAGAUGAAGAGUUUACAGUCGCCCGUUUGUAUAUUAGCAAAAUGAAAUCAGAAGUGAAAACAAUGGCAAAGAAAUGCAAGCAGCUAGAAAGCAGUCAGGCUGAAAGUAAUAAGAAAAUGGAAGAUAAUGAAAAAGAACUGGCAGCUUGUCAACUUCGUGUUUCUCAGCAUGAAGCAAAGAUAAAGUCAUUAACAGAGUACCUGCAGAACAUUGAACAGAAGAAAAGGCAGUUAGAGGAAUCUGUGGACUCCCUCAAUGAAGAGCUAGUCAAACUCCGAGCUCAAGAAAAAGUUCAUGAAAUGGAGAAAGAGGAUUUAAAUAAGGUAGAGACAGCAAACGAAGUCAAGCAAGCUGUUGAGCAGCAAAUUCAAAGUCACAGAGAAGCCCAUCAGAAGCAGCUAAGCAGCCUAAGGGAUGAGCUGGACAAAAAGGAAAAACUCAUCACUGAUCUUAAAGAUGCGAAUCAGAAGACUAUGCUUGAACAGGAACGCUUAAUGGCUGAACAUGAAAAGUUAAAAAACGUAGAUCAGGAAAAAAGUCGUAAACUACAUGAACUAACGGUUAUGCAAGAUAGAAGAGAGCAGGCUAGGCAAGACCUGAAGGGCCUAGAAGAGACCGUGGCAAAAGAACUUCAGACUUUACAUAAUCUCAGAAAAUUGUUUGUACAGGACCUGGCUACAAGAGUUAAGAAGAGUGCAGAGAUAGAUUCGGAUGACACUGGAGGCAGUGCAGCACAGAAACAGAAAAUAUCCUUUCUUGAAAACAACCUUGAACAGCUCACAAAAGUCCACAAACAGUUGGUACGUGACAAUGCAGAUCUUCGCUGUGAGCUUCCAAAGUUGGAGAAACGACUUAGGGCUACGGCUGAGAGAGUCAAAGCUUUGGAGUCUGCACUAAAAGAAGCCAAAGAAAAUGCAUCUAGGGAUCGAAAACGAUACCAGCAGGAGGUAGACCGAAUCAAGGAAGCUGUGCGAUCAAAGAAUAUGGCCAGAAGAGGACAUUCUGCACAGAUCGCCAAGCCUAUCCGUCCAGGCCAGGUUCCAGCUGCUUCACCUACCCACCCAAGUGCAAUUCGUGGAGGUGGUGCAUUUUUCCAGAACAGUCAGACUGUUGCUAUUCGAGGUGGAGGUGCAAAACAAGAUAAAGUCUGCUGAGAACUGUGGGUAAUGCAAGGAAAGAAGACAAGAGUCCGUCAUCCAGACUAUCUGGCAUUCCACAGCAGUAAAUUCACUUGCCAGGAAUCUGCAGAAAAUCUGUAUAAAUGUGUAUGAAUUGUAUCUGUCAUGUACAGCUCUACCCACUUCAGAUUCCCUGGACUAUACAUUGCCAAGAAAGGACAAAUAAAAAGAAAAAUUAAAUGUCACCCCCAGGUGCAUUCUGGUCAUCUUGCAAAACAAGGAAGCAUUUGUGUGCAGCUCUUACUUGUAUUUUGUUGUCAUUCAUAUGUUAAGGUAGCCAGUACUGUGCCAAGUUGAGAUGUAUGUUAACAGGUUUAGAAAAAUUCAAGAUGACCUGGCCUUACCUGUGUACACUUUUUUUUUUAGGACUUGUGAAACAUUCUCUUCUAAUAUAGAUUUGUUACAGUUAUUUUACACUGGGGGGAGGAAGCACUACUAUCCCAUUAAAUAAAGAUAUACUAUUGCUUAUGAAAUUCCUCUGAAACAAGUAACUGCCAUUGGUGCUAAAGUGUAUACAGUACCAAAUUACUGAAAAUGCACCCUUAAUACUUGACUUGGCACUGGAUUUUGGAACUGCAAAAGAAACAUUCUAGCUUUAACAGGCUAUUUCUCAACUUCUGAGAGAGGCCAUUUUGUGGAUUUAAUAGUACUGUACAGUUGUUUCUAAGAAAAGAUGCAUUAAUUUUGACAUGGAACACCUUGGCUGUCCUGCUCAUGAUGCUGCACAUAGCUUUGCUUGUGCUGGAGUUAACUCUGCUUCAUUCGGAUGUGAUUAGAAUUCUGCUGGACCACUAAUGCUCAGUUUUUCCAUGUCAUGAUCAUGUUGGUUGUGUCACACUUAUCUGUUAAUUGAUGAUAUAGUGUUCACCUAGAGCGUAAACCUUUUGUAUAGCAGUAUGUAAGGUUUGUAUUCCUUAGAGCAUCAAGUCAGAUAUUCUACAUAAGUUUGCAAAGCUGAAGGUGUACAUCGACAUGUUUGUAAAACUAUUGUUGAGGGAAACAUUAAUUUAGUUGACUUAAAUGUAUACAUAUGUGUUUGCAUGUGGGGGCGUCUGCAUAUGCUGUUGGGUAUGAAUGCAAGUCUGUGUUUGUUCUGUUAUUAACAGUUUAUCUUUGUUUAGUCUGACACCUUGCAUUAGAGCUGUUGCAUAUGGCCAUCUGUCUUUGCUAUAUUCAACAUGUAUUUUAUCGGUUGGGAGAAGCGUAAUUAUCAUCACAACUUUACCUUAAUUGUACCAGUCCUAGAUCUAGCCAGUAACUUAACAGUCCUACUUUUAAACAUUUGUAAUCCACUUUCAUUACCAUAUCCUAAGAUAGACAUAUGCAGUGUGUGCUUACAUAGAAGAGCAGGUUCUUGUGUGUCUAUUUAGACAGUGCUUCAAGAAUAGUCGCAUGUCUGAGACUGUUUUUGUCACUGUGCGUCCUUGGUCCAAGUGCACAUUAUUGACAUUUUCUCUAUAUUUUGCUCAACUUUUUAAACUAGAUUAGCUUCUCUUUAAUUUUUAUUUUACAGGAUGCUGACAAAGCAGCCCGUCUGCACUUUCAGCUUCUUGCAUAAGUGGAUUCAGAAUACUUCAUUUCAUUAAUGUGGCAAUUUAGUGGUCAGGCUGAACUACAGAUUCUAACCAUAGCAUCAAGGUGUAACUGGUGUGUCCGUUCAUUGAGACACCUAGCCAAAGGCUAUGUUGGUGAAGUCACUAAACGUAUUUUAAGUUAUUGUAUAUAUCUCUCUCUAUAUAUAUAUUUUAGUAAAUUAUUGUUAAUUAUUGAACAAAUACAUUUAAAUAAACUUUGGGGAAAUUAGAAUUAUGACUUCAGAAAUAAAUGGAAUGUCCCUUCAUUAUUUGAACAGAUGUACUACAAAUAUCAGAGUAUGUCUCGUUUUAAAAGGCAAAAAGACAUAAGCAGCCAGUGAAAAUGUUAGUACUUUAGAAAUUGUGAGGAGAUAGCACAUUUGUUUGCUUUAAGACUGCAGUGCAAUAAAUUAUAGUGGGAUUACAUUUUGCAGACUUUAUUAUGAAAUCAUGUUUAUGCAUUUUAAUACUGUCCCUCAAACUGGAAAGAUUAAGUUUUAAAGUUAAAAGAGUUAUGUCAGGGGUACCUAGAACAGAAGAUAGUGGACUUUGCACUGGUAAGCAAAAACAAGUAUGAAUGAAAGGAAUAGUAUACCUUAGAAUAAAAUAAGGUUCGGGGGAGAACUGCUUUAGGAAAGAAAUAUGGUUGUAGAAUGCUGAGUAUAUUUUCAAGCUCUCUGCAAAUAUUGAAUUAGAGUAUAUAUGCCUAAAAUGAUGAUAUGUUUAUUUCCGGUCUCCUAUUUGAAAAAUUUUCUUUUUCUUCGUAUGUAACGUAUUGCCAUUUUAAUAGAUCAUUGGAAGGUGGGACCACUACUAAUAGUGUAACUGCAUUUUUUUUUUUUGAAAUUUAAACCACUGUGUACUGCUUAUUCCAUGACCCAUACUAGGCCAUUGGUCCUUAAAUGUAAGCCAAAUUAUAGCCUUGAAUGAUUUUUUUUUUUUCUUAAGGAAAGAUUUUUUUUUCAUUUUAUAUUGAAAUAUUCAGAUGGUACAAUAAAACAGCCAUUGAAUAAGGUAAUGAAUGAUUUUACCAUUUUUUAAGCACAGCUGAUUACUUUUGUGAUGGAUGGACUUUAGUUUGUGUUAAUUGAUAAACGUGUGUAUAUGAAAUGCAUUUUUAAUCAGGAGUUCAUUUACCUGGUAUGGUCUUAAAAAUCAGUUCAAGGGCUCUGUUGCUAACAUUAGUCUGUUUAGUAGCAAAAAUAUUGUAAUGCAAUUAAAACUUUUUUGUCUAUGAGGGAUUAAUCCAUUUGAAUGAAGCAGCAUUUUUGUUUUAUUCCUUCAAAUUAACUCCCCGCAAAAAUCCUUUCAUUCUUAUUGGCUGCCAAAUAUGUAUUGUUUGUCAACAUAAACUACGGCAUGUAUGUACUGUAGCUGUGAGUAGAAAUCAGUGCACCUUCUCUGUAAUCCUAUUCUGGAAAACCCAUAUUUUCUGUGUCACAAGGGGUCAUUUCAGUAGGAAGUAGUGUAAUUUACUACACAGGAUUCAGUAGCAUUCUAGCAGAAAGCCUUAUAACAAGAGGUUAAUAUACUUUUUUAUAUUAUUGGGUACUUGUAUAUUUUCAUACAGUUUUGAUUUACAUUGGGUUGCAUUGUGCAAAACUGAGAGGAACUGCUGCUGUAGCUGUGACAGAUCAUUUGGAUAGGACAAAUAAUGUACAGUAUGUAAAAAAAAAUCUUAAACUGUAAUAGAAUGGACUUUGGUAAUUGUUUGUUCCUCUGGAUCAUAUGAUAAAGAUGAAUCAGGCAGCAAAGACCUGCAAAUAAAAGCCUAAUAUUUAUUUACUGUCAUCUAAAUUAUUUGUGUAAUUUAAAAGUCAUGGAUCAUUAUACUGUGAUGAUCCCCAGCAUGCAUAACAUCAUAGUUCACUUCACUUCUGGAAUAUGAAAAUGAGUUUAAUUAAAGGCAAGCACAUUAAAUAAUA